GGCGGUAAACAGUCCAGCAAACAUGGCCGCCUCCGUGAGGAAGGCAGCCCACGACAUCGAAACGCGAAAGCGGACCGACGACGUGCUUCUAUCGGAGGGAAUCGACUUCGGCUCCCUGCUGCUGUCCCCGGCCGUGUUGGACGGACUGUCCGCCGCGGGCUUCCAGAAACCUUCCCCCAUCCAGCUGAAGGCCAUCCCGCUGGGCCGCUGCGGACUCGAUUUGAUUGUGCAGGCCAAGUCCGGCACCGGAAAGACAUGCGUGUUCUGCACCAUAGCCCUGGACUCUCUGGUCCUGGAGAAUCCUGCAACUCAGGUUCUGGUGUUGGCUCCUACACGCGAGAUAGCAGUGCAGAUCCACUCAGUGGUGAUGGCCAUAGGCUGUGCCAUGGAGGGCCUGGAGUGCCAUGUUUUCAUUGGCGGCAGGCCCGUGAGCCAGGACAAAAUCCAUCUGAAGAAGUGUCACAUAGCUGUGGGCUCACCUGGUCGCAUCAAGCAGCUUAUUGAGUUGGGCAUGCUGUCAACCGCCAGCAUCAGGCUGUUUGUUCUGGAUGAGGCGGACAAGCUGCUGGAGGAGGGCAGCUUCCAGGAACAGAUAAACUGGAUCUUCUCCUCGCUCCCUGUGAACAAACAGAUGCUUGCACUCUCUGCCACUUACCCAGAAUCCCUGGCUCAGCACCUUACCCGCUACAUGAGGGAGCCCACCUUCGUCAGGCUCAAUCCCAGUGACAUGGGCCUGAAGGGUCUGAAGCAGUAUUACAAGCUGGUGCAGGCCCAUCCGCUAGCUCACAAGGUCUUUGAGGAGAAGGUGCAGCACUUACUAGAGCUGUUCAGUAAAAUCCCAUUCAACCAAGCUCUCGUAUUUUCCAACCUACACACAAGAGCUCAGCACCUGGCUGACAUCCUGUCCUCCAAAGGCUUACCUGCUGUUUGUAUCUCAGGUGGCCUGAGUCAGGACCAGAGACUGGAAGCGAUGUCCAAACUGAAGCAGUACCAGUGCAGGGUGUUAAUCUCCACCGAUCUGACUUCCAGGGGUAUAGAUGCAGAGAAAGUCAACUUGGUGAUAAACCUGGACGUGCCGCAGGAUUGGGAAACCUACAUGCACAGGAUUGGACGAGCCGGGCGAUUUGGCACUCAGGGGCUGGCUGUGACCUACUGUUGCCAUGGAGAGGAGGAGAACAAGAUGAUGGCCAUCGCUCAGAAGUGUGACCUCAGGUUGUCUGCGCUGCCAUCCACCAUAGAGCCUGGGUUGAUGGACGAGCCAUGUGACUGGGAUGUCUGCACUGAGGCCUCCACCCCCGGCCCCGUAUCCCAGUUGUUCUCCAGAACAGAGAAGAAGAGGCGUACAAAGACCGAGGCCUCUCAGUCUCACUCUACUGGGGAUCAAGCUGUAGAGCAAAGCGGUCAAAGAAAGCCAGAGCAGACCCAUCCGGCCCCGAGGCAAAGAGCACGCGGUGAAGACGGUCGUAGAAAGAUAUCUUCAACAGAGGACGCUUUGCCGCACAGUCCCCCUCAGGCCAUCCCGACUCGAAAAGAGCUGCAGGACGCUCUGCCGAAGAUCCCUCCUCUCAGCUCGUUCAAGAAUUGCAGGUCAAAGUUUAUGACCUUCGAGGAGGCCGAGCAGGAUUUCCAUAACUUCAUCACCACGGGGUUGGGGAGAUCAGUGGAGAUCAUCAGGGAGUUCAGAGGCCGAGAGGACAGCGGCCCCGAUGACCAGAAUGACUAUCAAGAGUCGGUCACGCUUACUGAUGACGGAGCUCUAAAUUUAAGACAAAAUGGUCAACGGUGGAAAUCUAACUUGUCAUCUCCUCAGUUAAUGUCUGGUUCUUCUAGCUCCGAUAGGGAGGAGAACCAGGAUGACGUGACGCCGGGAAGGCCAAAUCACACCAAAGUAACUGAAUACAGAGCGAAGCCUCAGACUGAAGCUAGACAUACACCCGCUGUGCCCAAAGCAAAGGCAGGUUCCACUCAAUUUAAAGCUUGUGCCUCUUCUGAACCCAGAACGUACGCCCGGAUACCUUAUGCAACAAGUGGGGGAGCGUCGUCUCAUCCUGAGAGCAGGGAGUCUGUAGCGAGCAUUAAAUCGAACUGGCGAACCAAUCAGACAGCCUCAGCAGAGACUCGGGGAGAUGAAUCACAAAAGAUGAAAAAACAGAUUGGGAAACGGAGCAGAAAGCUCUCAGAAAAGAUGAAGACAGAACUAAAGAGGGAAAGGGAUGAAGAAGAUUACAUUGAGAAAGAAGAGGAGGAGGAGGAGGAGGAGUGGAGUGCAGAAACUUACUGGAGAGCCUGCUACCGAGCCUGGAACGAUUACUACACCUGCAUGUCCCCUUUUCAAGAGCAGGGUUACCAAAGCUACUACAGCGCAGCGUACAACUGGAUGGCAGCUUAUCGUAUGAACGCCGUCUACAUGGAGGAACUCAUGAAAGACUGACUUUUAUGUCAAGCACUUCCAAUCAGUGAAAACAUAUUCACUGAUGAAUUGUCUCGUCUGUCCUGGCAGAAAUGAUCCUCGUGGAAAAUGUUUGCACCUUCGUCUAAAACAUUGCACUUAAAGGUUUUGUGUACUUUUCAAUAAAUUCUAAUAAAUCACUUGAUCAGUAGUGCA